CUUGAAGGGAUAAAAAAAGAGCGACUUGUACUGUCUCAUAGCCUCAUGUAGUAGCUUCCUGCAUCCCAUUCAGAAAUUUCUGAGCCAUUUCUUUUCCUACUCAAAACAUAACUAAACACUGAACGAUGUUUGAUUAGAUAGACAAUACUUUAAAUUUUAGUUGGCAGAAAAAUGGCAUCAGCUCUGGUCUCCCCUUGUCUUCCCUCUGCUUCUUUCUUCAACAACAAUGGAAGUUCAAGAUUUUGCUGCUGUCCAUCAUCAGUUGAAGCAUCCAAGUCCAAAUCUUACUCGAAACGUUUCGGAGUCAGAGCCCUCAAGGAGAAAACUGAGGAAACAAAAACCCCAUCUGCUGAUUCAGCUGACGAAGUUACUAAAAAGUACGGCCUCGAAGCCGGUCUGUGGAAGAUAUUCAGCUCAAGAGAGGAAGGAAAGGAAGGAGAAGAGAAGAAGUCAAAGGGAGAUGAAGCCAAGAAGCUGCUAGCAAAAUAUGGAGGGGCAUACUUAGCCACAUCCAUUGUUCUCUCUUUAAUCUCGUUUUCCUUAUGUUACGCACUCAUCAGCGCCGGCGUCGAUGUCCAGGCUUUGCUGCAAAAGGUGGGAAUUUCUGGCAGUGAGACCGGAGAGAGGGUUGGGACGUUUGCUUUGGCAUAUGCUGCGCACAAGGCCGCGUCCCCAAUUAGGUUUCCUCCGACAGUAGCUCUCACUCCCAUUGUCGCCCGAUGGAUCGGAAAGAAAGUUGAGAAGGAGGAUUAGCUCCUGUGUUUACAUACUGUAUAAACCAGAUUUUCGCCCUUAAAUCCCUUGUUUUGUAAAAUCAACCGUCAACUUCUUUAGUUUUCGUUUUUGUUUAGGGAAGGGCACGAAUCAAACUCCUGGGAAUAAUCAUAUAAAACAACUGCCUGGAUUUUGGGGA